AUGUGGCACGAGGCGCGGCGGUCGGAGAAGCGCGUGCACGAGAUGAUGGACGCCGCGAAGAAGCGCGCCGAGCGGCGCGCGGAUCAGCGGUCUCGGCGCGCGGGGGAUCCGACGCAGCUGCUGCGCGUGGCGGGCACCAAGCUCCGCCUGGCGCACGAUUCCGCCGUCUACCAGUCCGCGCAGGACCUCUCCGGCCUGUCUGUGACUCCCUAUCCCUCCUUAGGCUUUCCCGCUCUCCCCCUCCGCUCGCUCCGCCUGGCGCACGAUUCCGCCGUCUACCAGUCCGCGCAGGACCUCUCCGGCCUGUCUGUGACUCCUUACCCCUCCUCUCGCUCUCCGCAGAGGCUUGCCAAGGCCUGUCUAUGA